AUGAAAAUUUAUUCAAUUAAAUACUACCCAUGUGAAAAUGAAUCAACUUCCCCUUUGUUAGUUUUAUUUGGUUUUAUUGGUUCAACAGAGAAAAUUCUUGAUAAGUAUAAAAGUAUUUGGAAAGGGUUUAAUAUUUUGGUAUUUACUCCUCCAUGUGAUAUGACAGUAAUUUUAAUGAGAAUUUGUUCAAAAAAAGUUAUAAGAAAAAUCCAUAAUUUCUUUCAAAUUCACCCCAAUGCUCCAAAAUCAUUAUAUAUUCAAGGACUAAGUGUUGGUGCAUGUUUUGUUCCUGGUCAUUUAAAACAAUAUGAAAAUGAAAAAUAUGCUUACCUAUUAUCUUAUAUCGAUGGAAUAGUUUUAGAUUCUGGUUUAUCAGUGGAUACAAGAGAUGCAAUAACAGGUUUCAAGUGUGCCAUGAGAACUCAAAUCGGUUUACUCGGAGUUUUGAUUCAACAUUUUGUACCUCUAUUCAAACCAUUUAUUGAAGAAUAUUGUAGAAAUGAUGUACCAUGUAUUUAUAAAAAUGGUUAUAAUUUUUUAAUAAUCUACAGUGAUUGUGAUACUUACUUUCCUGGAGCAAGUAAAAAAUUAAUUGAAAGGAUACAUGAUACUGAUUUAAGGAUUGGAGCUCAACCAAAUAAAAGAAUAUUACAUGAAGUAAAGUUUGAUUCAAAUCAUAUCGAACACUUGAAAACUCAUAAACAAGAAUAUACACAAGCAUUAACACUAUUCAUUUCAAAAACUCAAUCAAAUUAA